GGUGUGCCGGAAGAGCAGGAGGCAGAGGCCCCUGCCCCUCCAAGCGUGGCCUCCCAUGGACACCAAGACACAGAGCCUUCCCAACACCCACACCCAGCCCCACAGCAACUCUCGGCCCCAAAGCCACACCUGCAACCAGUGCAACUGCAGCCACCACUGCCGGAGCUGCAGCCGGAGCCGGAGUUGCAGCUGGAGCCGGAGCUCCAGCCAGAGCCCGACAAGCCACCGAAGCCCACCUGGCCACCAGAGCCAGAGUUCAAGCCCCAGCCCACCACCGAGGCAUCACAAACACACCAUGCACUCCCAUCAGUGUCCCCCGCGGCCCACCACCCACUCUUGCAGCUACUCCAAGAACAGAAAGAACUUGGAGGGAAAGGUGAUCAAGAGGAAGGUGGUCAAGAGGAGCCAGCAGGUGUACAAAACAAAGAGGCGGAGCUCAGGAAGGAAGUACAAUUGAGACGGCACCCCAUGACUUGUUCCUGUGUCAGUUUCACCUGGAAGAGAAACGCCAUCAUGCACGGAAUGCUAGAAGUAAGAAGUCAAACCUUUCGCAGGAACAUGUUUACCACAGUGAUUUCUAUGCAACGUUGAUUAAAGCUUGUACACUGGAUGA